AUGUGGACAAAGCUGGAGAUCAUCCCCGUCGUUGGUAUGGGUGGAGUAGGUAAAACCACUCUUGCCCGAAAGCUUUAUGAAGAUCCUUCCAUUAUUUCUCACUUUGAAUAUGCUCGUGCUUGGGCCACAAUCUCACAAGAUUACAAUAUACCACAAAUUCUCUUAAGCCUUCUUAGUUGCAUAAUCAAAAAAGAAGAAUUUGAUAAACAUAAGGAAAAGGGAACACAUGAGUUAAAAGAUAUGCUGUAUAAGAGAUUGUAUGGUAGAAAGUACUUGAUUGUAUUAGAUGAUAUAUGGAGCACCAAAUUCUGGGAUGAGAUAAGGAUGUACUUCCCAGAUAACAACAACGGGAGUCGCAUUGUGAUCACCACUAGGGAAUCUGAUGUGGCAAACUAUGCUAGCUCUUCGAGUCUGCAACAUCGUGUUCAGCUGCUUGGUGAGUCUGAAAGUUGGAAUCUGCUUCACCAACUUGUGUUUGGAAAAGAGGAGUGCCCUCUUGUAUUACAAGAGAUUGGUCAAAAGAUCGCUAAGGAUUGCGAUGGGCUUCCUCUAUCCAUAAGUGUGAUUGGAGGGCUACUAUCUAAGAUAGAAAGAUCAGAAGAUGUUUGGAGGAAAAUUGGGGACAAUCUCUCUGAGUUAAGAAAGGUCAAGGUGUAUGGGUUAGAGUUGCUAAAAGACGAGGAAAUGAAGUAUAGUGUUAUGAAGAAGCUGCAAAGGAUUUCAUUGACUAAGCUGACCGAAGAGGAAUCAAGUUGGGAUGAUUUCUUCAAAAGCAUUCCAAAUGUCAAAAGGUUGCUAAUUGAUGAUGAACUCCGAAGGAAAGCCCAGACACUUUAUCUUAGACAUCUUGACAAACUCGAAAUAUUAAUAUGCAAAUGUUUUUCUGCCGUAGACAGUCCUGACGGUUCUCAUUGCCGUUUCUUAGUUAAAUUUCCUGGUCAUAUCAGAAAACUAGUUCUGGAUGCGUGUGUACUGACUUCAAGAGUGUCGAGGACUCUGUGUGCACUACAUAAGCUGGAAGAGCUCACGAUCGAAGCAUGUCUUUUUUUAAGCGAGAUGAGAUCUAAAGAAGAGGUAGAGUGGGAGGUAGAAGAUGGGGAGGUCUUCAGUUCACUGCAGUUUCUAUCUCUUGGAAGUUUGUUUUUUGUCCGUUGGAUAGCCGAUGAGACCAACUUCCCUAGACUCCGCCACCUCUAUGUAAAAGACAGCUUACAACUAGAGGAAAUCCCUAGCAGCAUUGGAGAUGUCCCAACACUCCAACUAAUCGAUUUACAAGAUUGCACCGAAUCCGUAGUGGCAUCAGCAGAAAGGAUUGUGGAGGAGCAAUCUGAUUAUGGCAACGAUAUCAAACUCUGUAUCUCAGAAACCCCCAAUCGGCAGCGACCACACUUCCAAAAGGAGUCGGAUGCCUCGACAGCACAACCAGAGGAGGGUGAUGACGACUCAGAGAAUGAAGACCUCUCUGCAUCAAAGUCAACGGCUCCACCUUGGCGACUAUGA